CUUUAAUUUCUUUAAUCUUUUUAUCAGCAUUAAUCGAAGCUGCUCCAGUACCUAAUACUCUUGGUCCCAUUACAUCAAUUCCUAAUUUACAGAGCUUUGCUAAUUACGCUGCUACUGCUUAAGUUAAGGCUCCUCUUCAAAAUUGGGACUGUGGAGAAAUGUGUCAGAGAACUAAGGGUACCCAAUUGGUUAAAGAUUUUAGCAACCCUCGGCUUAACACAAGGGGUUACAUAGCCACGGAUCCAGAAAAACAAUUAAUCAUCGUAGCAUAUAGAGGAACGGAACCAACAAGUAUUAGAAAUUACAUUUCUGACUUUGUCAUUUAUCACGACACUUGGGAUCCUGCACCUGGUACGGUACACCAUGGAUUUCUUAAUGCUUGGGAACAAAUUCAACCCCAAGUUACCGAUGAUCUUUUAAAAUUAAUCCAAGAAAAGCCCGAUUUCAGGAUCGGAUUUAUGGGUCACAGUUUAGGUGGUGCACUUGCUUCAUUGUCGGCAUUAGAUCUUAUACAUAAAGCGCCAGAAUUAGCUAAAAAUGAAAAAUUGUUUCUUGCUACAUUUGGUCAACCAAGAGUUGGUGAUGAAAAAUUUGCUAAAUAUGUUGAUGAUAACCUAAGAGCAAUAAGAACUGUAAUUCAUGGUGAUCCAGUUCCUCAAUUACCUACAUCAUGGGCAAUUCCACUUAUUGGGUCCUAUAAACAUUUUGGUGAAGAAUUAUAUAUAAGUAAUCCUGAUCAAGAUCCAGAUGCCUUUCAGGAAUGUGUGGCUGAAGAUCCAAAUUGUUCUGCAUCGUUAUCUUUUGAUGAUAUAGACCUAAAGUAUCAUUCGGGUCCCUAUUAUGGUCUUUGCAGAAACCUCUGGUUUUCGCAAAAUAUGUUAUACAUAAUCACUACAUGUUACUAA